AUGACAAUAUCUGAAAAUAAAACCGAAAUUUUAUCUAAAAGCAUGAAUUAUAAAGAAAAAGAACAUUCUAGUGUCAGUACAAAUGAUAUUUCAAUUAAAAAUAAUCGUAUUAAACAUAUGGAAAUAUUUCUUUUAAUCAUAUAUCCUUUUACAAUUGUACUUGGAAUUCUUUUUAAAUUAAAAAAUGGAGCUCGUGAAUCUUAUUUUUCACACAGUUCUAAUAUAUUUAAUGUUAUUUUUGUUAAACUAGGAUGGUUUUGGACAUCUCUGGUAUUUAUGUAUCAUAUAUCAAGAAUUCAACAUAAAAAUAUAUUUAAGGCAUGCAUACGGUGGUUUUUUGCAACUCUUUGGUGGAUUUUUGUCACUCAAUGGUUUUUUGGUCCCCCAAUUAUGGAUCGAAUUUUUAUAUUAACAGGAGGACAUUGUAAAUUUAGUGACACAGAACUAAAUAAAACUGGGGGACAUAUUCCUCAUUAUUCAUCUGAAUGUAAAUUAUAUGGCGGAAAAUGGGAAGGAGGAUAUGAUUUUAGUGGUCAUGCUUUUCUUUUAACACAUGCAUCGCUUUUUUUAUGGUCAGAACUUCUACUUACUUUAUAUUCUGAUCAAAAAUAUUUAAAGCAACCGCAAACAAUAAUUGUUAUUACUUUAUUAUUUUUAUGGUGGUUUAUGUUGCUCAUGACAGCAUGUUAUUUUCAUACAUUAAUGGAAAAACUGACAGGAUUAAUCAUAGGGUAUUUUUCAUGGGUGAAUAUUUACUUCUUUGGACCUAAAACAUUAUUUGGAAAAAAAUUUUUUGGAUUUUCAAAUUAUACAUAG